UUGAAUUGAGUUAGCUUUAGCAUAGCCUGGCGACCUGUCUCGGUCUUUUACUAGGGCGAAAUUUGAGGUGAGGCUCGGGGUCGAACAAAACGUCACCAAAUAUUUACGUUCAAAUGCUUUGUUUCCUUCAGUUUGGGUAUUUAUACGAAUGUCAUGAACUUUGUAAAAAUACAUUUAAUGAAGCAUUAAGCUCGUCAGGUUUGAAUAGUCCACGUAAAUUGAAAUGUUAGCAAUUCCUUUGUUUUUAUGUGCCUCAAAACCUUAUUAGCUGUGUCCACGGACGACUAUUGUGUUGUACAAGUGCUCUAAUGAUAAAUAGGUCAACCAAUUGCUGCUUUAAGCUUCUUAAAUUCCCUUUUUGGCCUAGUUCCUAAUCUCUUACACCAUUUUGUUACUUAACAUUCACAAUUCAAAGCUUUGAUACAAAUAAUAGCAAGCACCGUUUCCCCUUUCUUAUUAUAUGAUCCUCUGAAAGGUAUUCUAAAUACCGUGUUUUUCCAUGCAUAGUGCGCAAAGUUUAACAAAUUUAUUGUCCUAAAAUCUGGGGUGCGCAUUAUGCAUGGGUACAACAGUUUUUGAAGAAAAUCUCCCUCAAAAUAAAACUUGAAAUCACACCUUUCUUUUUGUUUGUUGUCAAUCGCGCAUCGCAUUCAGCCAUCCUGCCCAACACACUUAGUCAGCAAAAUUCAUAAUUGACGACACAUCGUUUGAUGCAAUCCUUGAUGGUGUGUUAUUCUCAAAUAUUGUUUGUUUUUUAAUCUCCAUCGCAAACCGGAUAUCAAACGGAGGCCGCCAUUACAGAUGCGCAGAACGGGUGCGCAAGACACGUCAGCUAUAUAAAGAGAGGGGGUUCAGUUCUCUACCUAAAUGCGUUUUACAGUCAGGUGGAGUUCGGUUGGAUGUGCGUGGCCGCCGGACGGGAGGCGCCAUGAGUGCGGAGUUGGAUGCGCUGGCGGUGGUGAACCAGCUGCGGGACCUCGCCGCAGACCCCCUCAACCGCAGGGCCAUCGUAGAGGAUGAGGGAUGUUUACCGGGGCUCAUCCUUUUCCUAGACCACCCAAACCCGCAGGUGGUCUACUCUGCAUUGCUGGCUGUGCGCUACCUGGCAGAAUGUCGAGCCAACCGGGAGAAGAUGAAGGGCGAGCUGGGCAUGAUGCUGAGUUUGCAGAAUGUCAUGCAGAAGAGCACGUCACCCGGUGAAACCAAACUGCUGGCCUCGGAGAUCUACGAGAUCUUCCAGUCGGCCGGUAAAGAGGAAGCAGAGCAGGCAGAGGCGGCGGCCGCCUCAUGCCGACGGAAGGCUCAGUUCUUCCUCGGCUCCAAUAAUAAGAGGGCCAAGACGGUCGUGCUGCACAUUGACGGCCUGGACGACUCGACUCGCAGGAGCUUAUGCGAGGAGGCCUUGCUGAAGAUCCGAGGGGUCAUCAGCUUUACUUUCCAGAUGGCCGUCAAGAGAUGCGUUGUCAGGAUCCGCUCUGACCUUAAAGCUGACGCGUUGGGUACAGCCAUCAACUCCACUAAAGUGAUGAAAGCCCAACAGGUGUUGAGGACAGACGACGGAGGAGAGCUGAUCAUGCCGUUCCAGGAGGACGGCGAGGGCGCGUCAGUGGUGGAGGAGAACACGGACAUUCCGGACUACCUGCCCGAGGAGGAGAGUCCGUCGCAGGAUCCGGACAAGGCGGUGACGCGCAUGGGAUCUGUCGCGGACGGAAUGGGCUGGCUCAACACCGCCGCCAACUUCCUGACUCGUUCCUUCUAUUGGUGACCCCGCCACUCUCCCCAUCAUUUUACCACAAUACCGAGUCAGCAUGAUUUACACAGACGCACAAGCACGCACACAGAGUGACGUUGUGUGCGUAUACUAAGCGUACGCUAGCUAGCCGCUGUAUAUCCCAAACUAAAGGACUUGAAAUCAGCUGACACCAAGGAUGCUCAUACCAUGAAAUUGGGAGAUUUUUUUUGUUUUCUGCAUGACCCACCUCGUACCUACCAACGAGAAUAUUUAUCAUACUAAUAUUUUCACACUUUUUUAUUUUUUACUUUAACAUGCAUCAGUGCCAAUCUUGCCCCCAAAAUUCUUUUGCGUGCCUUUUAUUUUUUUGCGGAACAUUUUUCUGUAUUUAUUCAUUUUUGGAGCAUCCUUAGAGAGCGCAGAAUAUGUGGCUUUUUCUUUUGGUGGCCAUUUUAAUCCCCCUAGAGCUGUAAUAAUAAUGAUAAUAACACUUAAAAAUACAUCAAAUGAAUGCUUAUUAUUUUUCUCUGUUUUGAGAAUUUGGGCUUAUUUCCUUUAGGAAACAAAUAAUACAACCUACUGUUAUUAUUUCUCACCUCCAAUGGCCCCUGAUCGGAAAAGUGAGAGUACCCCGAUACUACACAUUAAUAAAAGUAUCACGUGUACAUUUUGUAAAUGGUGCUUCACUCAAGCCCAAGUAACUCUGAAACAUUCUGUCUGGUUUUUUUUUUUGCGCGGCAAACGCCACAAAAUUGAAAUCUCUGUUGCCGAAAGUGCUUACCUCCCAUCCCAGGUUUGCCCGUUAUCUUGCCGGCAUUACGUCUCUCAUAAUUAACGUCCUGUACAUAACAAUGCGACACAGCGUAGCGCUGACUAGGCCACUUGUCUCAUCUCUUGUUAGUCAAGGUCGUAACACAGCGGUGUGACCUAAAUUUAGCGGUGGUGGCUACAUCCUGGUAAGCCAUCUUUUUCAAGACAUUGCAUUACAAUGAUCAGUAUUUUUUGUUUAACUGUUUGUCAUCCUCGCGUGUUGCUCCGUGUCCUCACUUUUGAGCCCAAUGACAGAAAUGUACAGACGUCCGCCCGUGUAAUAUACUGUAAUGCUCAUUCCUGUCAAAUGACCAUAAACUUCAAAUUCAA